UUUUCUUGGGGCAGACAUUGACAAAAACACACACUUGUAUUAUAUUUUAUAUAAAUAAACAUUGCUAAGCUUAUUUACUACGACGUGUCUGAAUUGACGCCGUAUCCGAGCUCUGAACGCUGCGCUCGUCGCAAAAGACGAAGACACCUGAACUGACUCAAGUGGAAGAGAAGGGCAAUGGCUGGAUCUGCACUGCGUCGCCUGAUGGCGGAAUACAAACAGUUAACGCUUGAUCCACCGGAAGGAAUUGUAGCUGGUCCCGUUAGUGAAGACAACUUCUUCGAAUGGGAGGCGCUAAUUGCUGGACCCGAGGGCACUUGCUUCGAGGGAGGCGUAUUUCCCGCCCGACUCGUUUUUCCACCCGACUACCCACUGAGUCCGCCAAAAAUGAAAUUCACUUGUGAUAUGUUCCAUCCAAACAUCUUUGCUGAUGGCCGCGUUUGCAUAUCAAUAUUACAUGCGCCCGGGGACGAUCCCUUGGGCUACGAGCUGUCGGCUGAACGCUGGAGUCCUGUCCAAAGCGUGGAAAAGAUCUUGCUAAGCGUGGUCAGCAUGCUGGCGGAACCCAACGACGAGAGUGGCGCCAAUGUCGAUGCGGCCAUUAUGUGGCGCGAACGAAGGGAGGAGUUUAAUAGUAUCGCUCGACGUCUGGUGCGAAAAACACUCGGAUUGGAAACAUAAACCAGGGUUCAGUCGCUAUGCAACUAGAUUCAUCCUACCCAACAGAAAUUCAACUAUGAUCCGGGCGGAAUGUCGUGGAAUAGCCUCUUAAGUCCUAAUGUACCCUCAACCGAUGACAACCUUUCACAUUAGCAAGAUUCAAGAAACAUAGCAAUAAAAUCGGCUGUUAGCUACAAGCGGGCAACAGUUUAUCCCGACUUAAGUAUUCUAU